UAGUUUGAAAUUGUACUUAUUUACAUUUUUAACAAGACAUGCUUUAAAAAAAUGUUUGAUAUGUAAUGUUUUGUUACACCAAUGAAUGGUUUUAAUAUAAGAUUUUCUCUGUCUAUACAACAGGUAAUAUCUUCUACCUAGUUACCCACAAUACCAGUAUUGAGUGUAAUCGUUUAAUUUGAAAAUUGCAUUGCGUUGCGUUCACUGUUAAAGAGGAAAUUAAACGGAUUGAACUAUGUUAUAGACGUUUAAAUAUAAAACAAAUUCUACGAGUGCUAACGCUUUAAUAAUAUAUUUUUUCAUUUAUUUUCACCCUGCGCUCGUUUAUCCGUUGACUAUUGGUAACCAUGCUUGUGCCGGAUGCAAAAGCGUCUAUAGUUGCCGGCCUGCGGUUUGACUAAAAUGUCUGACGCUUUUCACGUAGUGGGUUCGUUUGACUUGGUUGUGCACGGAAACAUAAAAGUGGAAUUGAGAAGGUUUGCGUGGCUAAAAAAUUGUGAUUGUAAUACGAGAAAUAAACCGUUGUUCUUAUCACAGGCAACAUGUAUUCUUCAGUCACUUAGCACUCAACGUAAAAAUCUGAUGUUUAUCAAGCAUGAAAAAUAAAACUUUUGUACGUAUAUAAUAAUUAUUUGAAACAAUCACUGUAUGCAUGAUAAAAUAAAAAUUUGUCAAUGACAGAAACAGACACAGUUGAUUCUCUUCAAGAAGAAUCAGAAAAGAAAACUGCUGACACAAUGUCACAGUCGGAAGAUGUUUAUGCUCCUGAAGAACCAACGCCAGACAUUCCAAUAUCCUUGCUCGAUAUACAAAUGCCAGAAACACCAGAAAGCACUAAAGGUCAAACCAGUGAUGGAGAUAUGCCCAGGUUGGAAAGUCCUAGAAUGCUUAAACCUGUACUAGGGAAAGUGCAAGCAAAAAAAAGAUUGAUGGCAUUCGUCAAUAAGUUUAAUGUCUUACCAAAGGUUCCCAAUAAAACUACUUUACUUCAAACACAUUCAGCUAAAGUGUCCAAGACUAAAUCAGGCGAUGGAAAAUCUUUGCAAAAUGAUUCAAGCUCAAGUUUAACCAUGGAUUCCGACUCUGUACAAUUUCAUAACCGUCAUUCAGGUGGCGGUAAAUCUAAGAAAAAGACAGAGGAAAAGAUAUUGGCUAUUGAAGAAAUCAGGAGAGAAGAGUCCAAAAGUAAACUACUAUUGGCAGAAGCUAUGGCUGCAGCUAGUUUAGAGGAAGACAACUAUGUAAAUAGGAAUGGACAAAAUUUAUUAGAAAGUGUAAAAGGUAUAAGAGAGAGAAGUAAACAAGAUGAUAGUGUAUCUCGUAAAAGCAGUUCGAAAUCGUCGAUGGAGAAUAAAUAUUCUGAAAGGAGACGAUACGGUAGGGAAGACCGAAGAGACAGCGUAGGUAGGGAAUCAAAAGAUUACAGUACCGGCAAAGAACGAUACUAUAAAGAUAGAGAUCAGCGUAGAAGAGAGAAAGACAAGAAAGACGAUAAAGAUAAGAGAGAUGAUACCAACAGGUAUGAAGAAAGCCGAGACAGAAAAGAAGACGAAAGAGAUAAAAAAGAUAACGAGAAGGACAAAUGGGAAGAUGUGAAAGAGAAGAAGGGGGUAAAAGAAAAAAGGGAAAACGUUAGAGAAAAGAGAAGCCUUUCAAGAGAGAAAAGUUCUGAAAUCAAAGAUAGAAAAGAGAAAGAAAAAGAUAAGGAAAGAGACAAAGGGAAAGAGAGAGAUAUAACGCAUUUUUCUUCGUGGUUAGAGUUGAAAAACUGUGGUAUAACAAUGGAUGAUAUUAUAGAUAUCAGAAGGCGUGAUUACUCCGAUCGAUCGACAAAGAACAGAACCGCUGAAGAUUACACGCGUUACUUCGAACAAAUGUUACUGUUAAACGAUUGCCGUUUGAAACGAUACGCUUUCACCGUUGAAGGACUGGACGGACCUAAAGAAUAUCCACCUGAAUCGGUGAGGGUGACCAAACGAGGAAGACCUCAAUUACUUUACUCUGAGAAUCCUCGCAUGUCGCUCUUCCUGAGUCAUGAACAGAUUCUUCACGUCGUCACCGGUGAUCGUCGUGAAAAAAUGCGGGAGAUAUGCGAGGCGGAUAUUGCACGAGAUAAUGCAGAAGAUAUCGAGAAGUCGGCGCGUGUUCGUAAUUGGUAUCCAAAAGCAGGCAUAUGCAAGUCCAGCGAGAAGGUCAAAUGGCAGUUUCCUGUGAACGUGCAAUUGCCUAGAUCAAAAUGGGACAGCGAGGAUGAAGACAGGUUGUCCAAUGAUGUUGAGGAAGAACAACAAAGCGAAGCGAAAUCACGUGAUAUAAAUCGGGGGCAAGAGACAUUUCCUUCGCGUUCAAGUGUAAUCGAAGAGGAAAUAAAAAAUGAUCAGAAAAAUAUCGAUGAAGGCACCGAGUCGUGCAUCGUCAAUGAAGAUGUCGAUGAUAAUAGACAAUCAACGUCUCCGUUGCUACAAUCCGCAGGCGACGAAAAAUUAGCGUCAGAAUACGAGCAAUUCAUGAAGAUGGUCUGCACUGAUAUUCCAACGACAAAGGAGUUUUCUCCCAAAGUGGUUCCAACGAAAUCCACUCCGCCGUUGAGCUAUCAUGAUUUCAAUAUAGAGACUAAUUUACCGGAGGACAAUAAUUUCACAUUUGUAAAACAUAAUGUGUCCGAGAAGCUGGAUAAAGGUGAGACGAGCAAAGAAGAGAAACACAAAAAUAAGGAGGGUCGCCAAAAUGUUCAAGAGGUACCGGAAGUCGAAGAUGACCAGAUGUCUUCAAACGAUUCCCGUAUUCAGACGCAGGAGCGUAGGAAGCAAAGUGAAGCGGUGGAAGAGAAGAGGAAUGAGUCUGACGAUUCCAGAUCGAUUCCCAGUGACUGGGAGAACGUUCGGAUCAAAGUGGAACGUUUGAGCGACGAGAAUUCCGACUCGAGGGAAGUUCGAAGAAAGAAACGACGGAAAAAGGUAACAUCCAGCAGUGAUUCAUCUAGCACGUCUAGUUCAUCGGAUUCGGAGGAGGAUGUAAAAAGGAGGAAAAGGAAACGGAGGUUGUCGAACGACGACACUAGUGUUUCGGAUUCUGAUAGCAGCGAAAGUAGCAGCAGUAGCAGCGAUUCCUCGAGUUCGGAUGAUAAACGGAAGAAGAGGAGAAAGAAGAAACGGAAAGCCGAGAAGAGGAAGAAGAAAGCAAAGCGGAUAGCUAGAACGAAAAAGAAGCGAAGAAGAAAAGUUAGCAUUGAUUCCAGCAACAGUGAUGAUUCCUCUGAUGACCGGAGAAAGAAGAAGGCAGCAAGUAAAAAAGUCAAAGAGAAACAAGAGCAUAACGAGAAAGAAAAUGAUAAUGAGGAUAUAAUAAAAGUAAUACAAAAAUCACCUUUACGGUCUUCCUCGCCAUUGAAGAAGAUUAAGGAGGAGAGAAAGGGUGAGUCGCGAAAGAGGUCCGUAGAGAAACAUGAUAUUUGGAGCAAGGAGCAAGAAUUAGUACGAAACGUUAUAUCCGACAGUAGCAGCAAAGGUCAGAAAGACGAGGAAAAGAGAAAUAAAACUGACGAGAGAUACUUGGAGGAAUGGGAAGUGGAUUCUGUGAUAAUGUCGCAGCAGAAAGAUGAAAGGGUAUCGAGGAGUGGAAUCGAGAAAAUGGAAAAUAUCGAGGAGGAUUUUCGAAAAAUAGAGAAAAAGGACGAACGGGCCAAGAAGGAUGAACGAAAUAAAAAAGAUGAACGCUUAAAAGAGAAAUGUUCGAAUAUCGGUAAAGAAAUAAUACAGUCCGGUGGAAGUAUCGAAGAAGAAAUCGAUCUAAAGAAAAAAAAGAAAAGAGAGAAGGAGAAAAAAAGUAGUAAUGAAUUUUUAGCUGACUGGGAGAAGCUGGAAAAACAGAAAAAGGAAAAGUGGGGAGAGACUGAAUUUGAUACUUUGAACGUACCGUCUCUGACUCAGCUUGAGAGAGAAGUAAGCAAGAGGCAGCUGUUGGCAGAUGAAUGGGAAGUUGAUAGUCUAGAGGCAGUGUCGGAUUUGCUUGUCAAUAAGAAGAGAUCUGCGCGCAAUACGAAGAAAGUGGAGAAAGAAGUUCGUUACGAUAAAAAAACAGAUACAUAUAUUGCCAUAGAAAAAGAGACUUUAAGGGAAUGCAAAAAACGGCAGGAUAGACUCUCUGCGAUGAGAAUAUGGGAAGAGGAGCAGGAAGAGGGUGAAAGAGAGGCUAUGAUGCUUAUGGAACAAAAACAUAAGCGGAAAAGGGACGAAUGGGAUAUAGAGAAGGAGUCUUACUUGCGUGAAAAAGCAGAACGGAAGGAAAACCUGGACGAGAGUAUGUCUGUAAUUGACAGUAUUCACAAGGAAAUGAGUACAGCCAACAGUGACAUAGAUGUAUCUCUGAAACAAGAUGCAAUUGCUGUUAAAAGAAGCAAAAAAAGUCGUUGGGAUAUGGCAUCCCAAGUCGAGGAGAAAAUAGAGCUCAAAGCUCCUGUUAUGUGGGAAGAAGAAUGUGUCGAAUGGACAAACAUAAACAAAUUUGAGCGUAAAAAUGAUAAGCUGUCUUUGGAGCGUUGUGAUUCGAUCUUACCUAAAAUUAAGAUAAAAGAUGAAGACAUUGAUCAGCAGUCAAGGAAGUCUGCAUCGAAGAAUUCAAAUUUUAUUGAUUUGUUCUCCAGGAAGCCUCAAGAUGUGGACUUAUUGGAGACAUCUUGGACUUCGGAAGAAGAUACGAGAAGCAAGUCACGCUCGAAAAGUUUAGAAAAUAGUUCUCAAAGGGAUAUAUUCUUUGAUAAGGUGAACGAGCAAAUUCUUCCAGCAAAUAUGGCAGAACCACAUACUGUUGGACAGUUAAAAGACAUGUUCGAAAUAGAUGUAAAGUUAACUAAUAAAAAUGUAGAAUUAUAUAGUCCUAGUUCUCCAGCGCCAUCUCAAAAAUCUGAGGAUAUGGAGCAGUUUCAAAAUGACAAUUCUAGUUCUUUAAAUCUCAGGGAUGAUUUGAUUCAAGCUAAGCUGAAAAAAGAGAGCUGUAUUAUGUCUGAUGAAGAAUCUAUUUCCGUAUCCAAUAUACCUUUACAAAUCAAGUAUCGGGAAGGGAAAUAUUCAAAACUUUCUAUGAUGAAGGAGGAAUUUGAAGAAAUCUUAGGAAUGCAGACAGAGGAUCAAUCACCCCAAAAGAUAUUCCUGCCGAAAGGGGUUGAAACUUCUCUCGCCGAGCUUCCAAUUAAUGAGCCAUGCCCCGACAGCAAUAAUUACAAGUCUUUACGAAUGGAUAUAUUUGCUGAAUACGAAUCUGACGAAUCUCGUGGUAAACUAAAUACCAAGAAUGCUGAGGUGGUAUCGUCCAGCAGCGCAAAAGGCGAAGAAUCGACAGAAGGAAAGGCUGCUUUGAAACUGAUUCCCAAACAGUUGCUAGUUCGUCGCAACAACGAGCGUCCAAAAAAUAAAUUGAUCUCGGAUGAUCCUAUACAACAUGCUGCUGCUCUUCUAACAAUUCAGAAGAAGCUUAGGGAAUCUCAUGCCGUACGGAACGACAUGAAGAAUGUGUCUUGCGAAGAUUUAGCUAAUGAAUUCAAGAUUGGAUGCGAGAAGGUAACUAGUGCUGAUGUGACACUGAGUAACAUUAUCCCUGCCGAGCAGACUACUGACACAGAAGUUAAAGUGGAUUCCAAAGAUUUAUCAAUAACAGUGAAAACAAUAAUUACAACGAAAACAGACUCACCGGGAACCGCGAAAGUCGAUUAUGAUCAUGUCGAAGAAUACAAAUCUAAUGAGAAAGGAAGUAGCAAAGAGGAAGAGCUUAAAAAACCUAGAUCCAGCAUUAAAGACAUUAGUGACAUUGAAGCUCAGGUUAGAUCCUCCGGCAGAGAACAAAGAAAAAGAAGUCCAAAUAGAAACGAGAGCGAGAAACGUGUCAGCGAUCGUAGUAAAGAAAAGAGAGAUAAGAAGUUUGACGAUAAAGAGAGAAGUGACAGAAGAGAUAGUAGAAGUUCAAAACAAGAUUAUUCAGAGAAAAGAAAGCCGAGUCCAUCGAGUAGUCGCAGGAGACGAAGAAGUGUUAGCCCGCGUACCUCGUGGGAGAGGGAAAGAAGUCACAGUGAGAGUCACAGUCGUAGCUGGAGUAGAAGUAGAAGCAAGAGUCCAAAGAGAAAAGAGGGAUCCUUUUCAAAUAGGGAUAAGAGAAUUAGUAGAAUCGAUGAGGAAAGAUGUAGGUCUAAAGUAGAUGAUAGAAGAGAAAGAUCUACAAGAAGUCCUCUUCAGCCCAACACUGCCCCGUAUAAUAAAGACCACUUCAAGAAAUAUGGUUCUACAAAAGACCGCGACGAUUGGAACAGAAGAAAGUACGAUAUCUUGGAAAGGGACAGGGAUAAGGAGGGAAAAUCGUAUGAUCCCAUGGAAGUUCUAAGGGAAAGAAAUAUAGAUUCUGAUCGGCAUAGGGAGAGUAGAUUUCGAGGAGAUGAAACAGACAGAUCCUAUUGGCCCUACGAGUCUGAAAAUAUUCCACGAGAUGGAAAUGAAUCAUUGGACUCUUAUCCUAAUGGUCAAGAUUUGGAUCUUGAUUAUGAAGAAAAAGGUUACUACAGAGAUGAUAGUAUUGAAAGAGACAUCAUGGAAGGUCCCCUUCGUCCUACUUCAAAAUUCACACAAAGAAGGAGUCGAUCUGCUUCGAGAAGAGACAGACAGUGGGAAAAAGACAGAGAAUUAGUGGAUCUAGACAGACACAGCCACUCUCGAAGACCUGAAAAAUCGCCAUCUGCACGAGGCCGUUCAUCCCCUCGACUAAGGCGUCCUUCACCUAGAGCCUCUCAUGAUCGUUUCCGACGAGGAUCGAGAUCGCGAUCCAGAUCAUGGUCCAGGUCAAGAUCCAGAUCAAGAUCAAGAUCGAGAUCUAGAUCUAGAUCGAGGUCGAGAACACGAUCGCGUUCUCGAUCAGCGUCAAGGUCAAGGUCAAUGCGAUCAAGGUCGCGAUCCAGAUCCAGAUCAGGUUCACGGUCAAGGGCCAGGUCGACAUCGCAAUCCAGGCUGAGAAGUCCGGACCAUAGCUUAAGAAUGAUGGAACGGUUACACUCCUCUAGAUCACCCUCUGUGGGACGAAGCAGAGUCGGCGAAAGCUCAAGGGAAAGGAAGGAUGAGCACAGUAAUAGAAAGCUAGAUAAUUGCAGCGAGAGGGGUAGACGCAUUGAAACGAUCGUUCAGUCCGUUUCUGGGCUGGCUAGAGACUCAACUGUAUUAGACUCGGAUAUGCACAUCGGCGACAAUAUGGAAACAGUCGCGGCUGGUUUCCAGUACCAUAAUGAAAACGAAGUGGGAAACGAGUACUAUUAUAGCGAGAAUAAUUUAACUUACCCUCCGUGCAUUGACGACUCAGCUACGAGUUCUCCAAAACGUUUAUCUCUCGACGAUAGGUUAGAACUUGAGCUAGGGAUUAAAAAACAACAGGAUAGCGCAGGAGUAUCUACAGAUUAUCCUGAUAACUUCAAUUCUAACGUAUGCUAUCCAUCCUCGCCUCAGCAACAGCAACAGAUGCUAUAUCGUCAACAACCUACGGUGUUACAAGUGGGCAACGUAUUACAAGUUGUACCGGCAGACUUUAAUGGAGUCCCGCCAGCACACAGGGAACCGACAAGUUCGCCAGCAGCCCCUAUUGUGAGAGGUUCCAGUCAGGUGGUGCGUGUAGGUAAUGUUCUCCAAGUAGUACCUACAUCAUUAGAUUGGAGUGGCGGACAGCCCGCGUCAGUGGAGCAGCCGACAGGGAUGAUAUACUCCGCAACAGUUCCACAGCCCUCUCCAGUUCCUUCAACCUCUAUAUCCGUACCUGUUCCAGUUCCUGUUCCCAUGCCAGUACCUGUACCCGCUAUAAGUUCAUCCACACCUGUGCCUACACUGUCUCCGGUCGCACUGCCGCUUUCUGUUCCUGUACCAGUCCCUGGACCGGUUCCACUUCCGGUCACGCCGACAACGUUCCCGAGAACGGAAGUGGCAGCGCCAAAAACACCAGUUCAACCGGUAUACAAUUAUGAGGUUAUAUUGGAAACUCGACGCAAGGAAAGGGAGGAACGCAAACGAUUAAGAGAGAUGAGAAGAAAGGAAAAGGAACGAAGGCGAAUAGAGAGGAUCAACCGACGCGCUCUUCGGAUGCUUGAGAAGAAUAACUCGCGUCAGUCUGACAGUGGUCAGCAAAAACCUUCGAGUCUGGAUCCUGCAGUUCUAAAGGCUCUACGGGAAAGCGAUGAGCAAGUUGAGACAGAAGAGCAGUCUGCUCCGGUAAUUCCUGAAAAGGAAGAAGGCACGUCGUCUGCGGUACCAUCUACUGCAACGGAAGAGGAAGACGCAGUUGCUGAUGACGAUGAAGAAGAGGAAGAAGAGGAGGAAGCUGAAGUAGAGGAUGACGAGGAGGAUGAAGAGGAACCUGAAGAAGACGAGGAAGAAGACGAGGAAGACGAUGAAAAAUCAUCCUCAAGAAUAAGUAAUCGGCGUAGUGAAAUGGAGGAGGCAGUUAUAGCGACUACCUCCGAAGCGAGCAAAGUCCAUAUUGACACAGAGUCCAAAGAGUGGUCAGAGUUACCACCGCCACCUUUAAAAGGAAUCUUAGUUGCUCCAGGUUUCAGGAGAUCUUUAGUCCCUAAUGGCAACCUGGAUGAUUUAUCUACUCCUGAAAACGAGAGCGAUGACAAUACAGAGAGAGAAGGGGUGGACACAGAUAGAACUCAUGAAUCCAACAGAGAGGAAACAGGUGACAAUAAGUCAAGCAAGUUAAAGGUUCAAGUUAAGACGAAGGCGAAGUCGUUAAAGCUAAGUAUGAGGAGACAAAAGAAUAAGAAAUCUGUUCAAUUUGCGGAUGGAAUUAAACCGGGAGAAGGUACAAGUCCUAGCGGCGGUGAGGGGGACAUGCCUUCUCCUCCACCCCCUACAGCUGUGAUUACUCGAGACGGGGUCCGUGAGGUUCGAAGAUCCAGCUCCAGGAAAAGUCGAAAACAGGAAAAGAGAAGUCGGCCACCUAAGACCAAGAAAAAAGUGAAGGUGAAAAUUAUAAAGCUGAAGAAGCCUCGCGUCACUCCUUUAACGGCGAUGAUGAUGGAUGACUCAGACGAAUUAGAUGACCGCUCUCCACCACCGCCGCCGCCAGGAUCACCUCCACCCCCGCAUCUAUGGCCAAGUUACCUUUCUGCUUACAAUUCUAUCAAUCGUCCAAGUGAAGCUCAAUCUACGUCUUCUACGGUCUCCAAUGCUGUUCAAGCUCCUCCACCGCCCACACCCUUGCCUCUUCUAGUUCCUCCUCCCCCUCUGAAUUAUACGAUACAACCUUGUAGUAAAGCAUAGGUAGUACUGUUCAAUGGAAAUUUUGGGGCCCGUUGCCUAUUAUACUAUACUAAGACUACGAGCGUCUCACUAAUUUGUGCUGUUACUAAGGUCACGUAUCUAGUAGUUUUUACAACAGAUAUUGAUUAGCUGAUAAUUUAUCUUAGUAACAACACGAAUUAUUGAGAGGCAUAUUGAAUCCUACGUAAAUGCAAUAGAGCGUGUAAAGGGUGGUACAAUCAUUCAAGGGCUCCCGUGGACAUGGGUGGACAACACUAGUGUUACGUGUUUUUUUACAUCCGUCUUCUGGUGCUAACCCUCAGCUAGUGUAAUUUCAUAAAUAUGACACUAUUUAAAAUGGGCAAUUUACUAUAUAGCAUAAAAUACUUUGUUAGCAGUUUAGAUCGUGAGAAUUCUGACUAAGUUUUUGGGUAUAAUUUUAUGGUAAGGGUUAAAUUUAAGAAACUGCGCUAGCUACGGGUUUAGUUCCAUAACUAUGAACGAUUAUAGCACCAGAAGGAUAUAGAUCAAAUUUAUUAAGCAGACAAUUCAAAUUCGUUUCUCUGUGAAGAGAAAAGGUACGAAGCCUAUAUCAAUAAUUUGUGUCGUUACUGUAACUGUGCCUCUAACAACUUCCACGGUAGAGGGUAGAUGUUAAAGCCAUGGCUCUGGUAAUAACAUAAAUCAUUUAAAGGCUUUGAAUUAAUAAGGUGGCCUUGAUAGAAAGGCAUCAUAAAGUGAUUGUAACUCAACCUGAGAUUUAGGGGUAACAAUGUAUUAUUAGCGACAAAGAUUCUCAUCAUUCUCGCUUUUUGUAAAUAGCUUCACUCUUCAUGAUCACCAUCGAGAGGUGAAAAGUUCGCGCACGCGACAAAAUUGUCCAUUGCGUCCAAGUCUCGAAUUCAUGUUACGUUUCAUAUAUUUUCGAUACGAAGAAAUUAAAGAAAAAAGAGAGAGAGAGAGAGAGAGAGAGAGAAAGAGAAAAAGAGAGAAAGAAAGAAAGAGAGAAAGAACCAUGUACAAUGGAAAUUGUAAGCGUGACACGAGGUGUAAUUUACAACGAGGGACUCGGACCUUUUAGACCGUUUGUUAAUAAUAGCGACUACCAUUGUUAAAGAUGUAUGGUACACGCAAAAAGCGCGAAUCUAUCAUUGUAUAUUUUACUUUUGUAGUUUACCACGAACUGUCUUCAAGUUUAGGCGUAAUUUAGAAAUGGGUCUUAAUGCAAUUACUUUCUCCUCGUUUUGUUUUCAUAUUUCUAUUCAAAUUUCUUUUCUCAAUGAAGCUCGCAAAUCAAUAUGUACAUACGCGGGGGAUAGAUUAGUACAAAAUUCGUAUUAAUCGAUGAAUAAGGCAAAAUAUUAAAGCUGAGCUUGAUCGUGUCUAGUUCGUUGAAAUUCUUACAUUUCUUCUUGUAAAUAAUCUCGGCCGAUCAUUGUUUAGCAUAGUUUUUUCUGUUUUACUCCAUGGAUGUCCUGCUUCACGCGAAAUGAUACAUUUCUCGUCUUCGAUCGAGAAGACAUUACUGCCCAUUAAUUAUCUGAAUUCUCAAAACUUUUUUGAAAGGUGUCGAUUUGUAUUAAAAAUAAACAAUAAUUCUUUUAA